GUGGAUUGGCCCGAUGCCUUGGUAGACAUGUUCGGCGUGGUGCAGCUGCUGCUCUUCGACCUGGACAACUUCGGCUUUAGCUGUGUGGUUGGUUCGAGCCCGGUAGUGCGGUACGUGAUCAGCGUUGGGUUCUUCCCCGCGCUGAUCGCUUACAUCGGGAUGUGCUUCGUCAUCUCCCGAGCUCAGCCCAAUCAACGACUGCGCUGGGAGGUACCAAAACUUCUUAGCACCCUAGGGCAGUUCAUGCAGGUUGGUUACAGCCCCAUGACUACAUUGGCGUUGGCACCUUUCAUGUGCUACCAGCAUCCUACAGGCUUGCGCAGCAUGCUUAAGUAUCCAAGCAUACUCUGCGGCUCAGAUGCCCAUGGCGCCAUGUUGAUAGCUGGGCUUUUGCUCUUGGUGUUUUUUGUGUUGGGAUUCCUGACGCUUUGCUGUUUCCUCGCGCAUAAGCUACCGGCAUGGAGCGUCGGGGGAAAGGCGCUCAGGGUGCGAGCCUGCAAGUUCUUGAUAUUUCGAUUCCGUUUGGACCGAUGGUGGUACGGGGUGCCUUUGCUGGCCAAGGGUCCUUUAAUGUCUCUGCCGGUUGUCCUCGCUACUGACUACCCGCCGGUGCAAACCACCUUUGUCCAGUUGUUCAUUGCAUUAUACCUGGUGCUACAAGUUGUCUCGUGGCCAUGGAAGACACCAGUCUUGAAUGCCAUAGACGCAUGGAUUGGAGUCUCACUGGUGAUGCUCAUCAACAACGCUUCGCUUUUGGUUCCGGAUCUGGGCACAAGCAUGCUGAUUUUUGUCGACAUGGCCAACAGUGGCUUGGAUGUGUGA